AAAAUAACGUCAUGCACCAUAGUCGAUAUUCGAAACAUCAUUGAAACCAACAACGCAACAUAUUUUUAAAUUAUUUUAUUGCAAAUUGCUCCAAAUUCUCAAGCCGGAUGAUGCGUUUUAAUACGCCAAGAGUUGAGAGUGCAACGGAAGCAUGUUUUUCCAGCCGCAGCACGAGUUCAUUGCCAUCUGGCGAUGGUACUCAUAGCGGAAAAUCUAGCCGAAGUUGUGACCCCAGUGCAAGAAGUGUUAAGGAGGUACCACACUUUCUUGAGAAGAGAUGCAAAUCAUACAAUUCCAUAAAUAGUGCAAAAACAUCUGAAACUUGUAGCGAUAUUGUGCCCCCAUUGGAUUUGCAGUCGGAGGAAAACUACCCCAAUGGUGGCUAUACCUACUCCUGUCGCAAGCAUUGUGAAACUACUAAGCUGGAUCGAAACCCGGAUUUGGCAUAUGAUACAUGGCUUUCGGCCAAAAGGAAGAUUUUGUCGGACCAAGCAGCUCGGCGCCGUGAAAUCGAAGAGAAAAAACGCCAUGAAUUCGAAGAACGCAAACGUAUAUCCAAAGAAAUCUACGAGAAAUGGUUGGAAAACAAAGCAAAAAGGCAGGAAACACAGUUUAACAAUCUCAACAAUAAAGCGUCCCAGCAGAAUUUAAAGUCACAAAAUAUAAUUUCGGUGAAAGACAUGCGUUGUCAUUUGAGUGAGACAGAGGUUAAAGCCCAUUUGGAUGAAUGGCAGCGAACAAAACGUUUGCAGCAGGAACGUCGUCGCAUGAUAAAACAACAAGAGGAGCAAAUGCGCCGUGAAUUAGAGGAAGAACGCCGUCGGUGUGCUGUCGAAGCCUGGGAAAAGUGGUUGGCUGAAGCUGCCAAGAAGCCAAAGCCAGUGCCUUUGAAUCGCGGUUUAUCCACUUUACGUGGAACCGUGUCGGACAUUUUUGUUAACCCCAAUGAAUGGAAGUCAGUAUUGCCUAAUGUGUCAGAUGACAAGGCCAUGGGCGAUGGCAGAAAUGUUAAAUGAAAAAAUUCAAUAAAUGAAAAGAAUAAUCCACAA